AUGUCUAUUCCAGGCGCUGGUCCUAAUGAGCCGCUCAUUAGGUUUCAGUACUUAAAGGAUAAUAUUUGGCAGAAAAGACGCCUCGAAUUGAUUCCAUACAACGACUGUCUUUAUGAUCACUUGUAUUCACACAGAUUUGUAGUGCUAUUAGAUUUGGACGAAGCGAUUGUCCCUCGACUUCAUAACCAUUGGACACAAAUGAUUGAUUACAUCAUAAGCUUAGAGCCUAACGCUCUGCAACUCUACACAUCAUUCUCUGCACAAAACGCUUACUUUUUUGGCCAAAUAAACAACAGAUUUCUGCAAAACCUCUCAAAUAAUGAGUUGUCCACAGAUUUUCUCAUAUUAAGACACGUCUACAGAUCAGCCAAUUUCAGUGCUAAGGGAUUUGCGGUCAAGAGCUUCAUAUCUACCGACACAUCUCUGGCCGUCUCCAACCACUUCACACUCUUUCCCCUCUUUCAUAAUAUGAGCACAUAUUCAAUGAUAAGCAAAUCAUUGGCUCAACUCAACCACUAUCGAGAUGUCUGUCCCGACACUAUGCAUGUCGAGUGCAAAGACAACUUUCUCAAGUACUCUACUAUUGAUACUAUAAUUUGGAAAUUCAAGAAUCAGUUAAUUCAUAGAGAAGUGAUGGCAAACAUGAGUCGAAAUCGCAUACUAUUUGUCGGCCUCUCAUGUCUUGAUAUGGUUUACGUCUGCAAUCAUUUCCCUGAAGAAGAUUCCGAUCAAAGAGCCGUUUAUAACGCGUGGAGAAGAGGUGGCAAUGCGUCCAAUAAUAGCACAGCUUUGAUGCAACUCUUGAAGUGGAAGUCUCACGACUUGGAGGUCGAGUUCUUUGGCACCAUUGCUCAAGACUUCCCCUCACAAUUUCUAAUAAAAGAUUUGAACGAAAGUGGAAUAAUAAUAGAAAAUAUAGUGAAACACUCGGAAAGUCAAUGUCCGGCCUCUACGGUCAUCAUUAAUGCCCAAAACGGAUCCCGAACUAUAGUCCACUUCAAUAAAGGCAUAUCCGAGAGAGUACAUCCCAAAGCCCUAAUCAUCUGUCCGUGGGGUGAGUCGGGUGCUCAGGCCAUCGACAACAGCAAUAAACAGGUAUACUAUUCGCCAUCAUUUCCACCGAAAUGUGGAGUUAACGACACGUUAGGAGCGGGCGAUACCUUCCUGAGUGCAACCCUUUUUGGUUUACUUGUCCUUAAUUAUGGUCUAAAUGAUGCCAUUGUAUUGGGUUGUCAAGUGGCCGGUGCUAAAAAAUGGAUCGGAAUUCCUGAAUACUCUUCCGUUGGAAGCCCUGAACUCAUGAUAUCGUUCGGCUCCAGUUCUGAAGCCAUAGCCGUCUGUAGCAAUAGUUAUGCCAAACUUUCCUUUGAUAUGACAGCAAAACAAUUGGAGUCAAUAUUUGGCAAACUAUACGAUACGUUAUCAAAGGCACUAAAUGUUGCCAAAGAGGAACAUCUUUAA